AUGGCGCAUCGCUCUUCAACCGGUAAUCUGGCCAGCCAUGACGACGAACCACAACGCGGAGGCCAGCGCUGGGAUCGCGACAGAUUCGAGCGCAUGAGGGGAGGCAGGGGUCCUCCCAGCCGCGACGACGAACACGAUCACUUCCGUUUCCAAGAACAUGACCGCUUUCCCGGAGGCCGCCGCGAUAUCGACAUCCACGAAGACUACGACCGCCGUGGUCCACCAAGCAGGCAACCUACCCGCGUCGCAGAGAGAGAUCGAUUCUUCGAGGAAGACCGUUUCGAGCGUCGCGCGCCUCCCCGCCGCAAUGAUUUAUUUGAGGAGCGAACACCUUCUGAGGUCGCAAACCAGGCACUUGCGCCCUACCGCAGGAAGUCUGUAAUUGACGACGACAUAAACAUCGACAUCAGGCAACAAGUCUCAAGGCCACGGAAGCCUGCGCGACCGCAGUACAUUCGCAGACAGUCAUCUCUCGACACAUUUGAUCGCCGACCACUACCUCGCUAUGGAGAUGUUGAGAGAAUCGAGAGGGAGGAGUACCAUGAGUAUCGCCCACCUGCCAACGUCAACAUUCCCUUGCCUAUUCGUCAGCGCCGGAGGUCACCGGACCGCAGGCGGUUCAGAGAAUCAGACGAGGAUCUUGCUUAUGGCGACUUUGCAGGCGGCCGAGGCAGAGAGCGUGAGGAGUUCCGUGAGAUCGAAGUCUCUAGAGCCAAGAGCAAAGUGCGAAGAAGCAAAAGUGUUGCAGGCUCACGGCGCAGUUCCUCUUCUGACAGUGUUUCGGAGAUCCAGCUUCCACGCGCAAAUUGGGGCAAGAGGGGCAAGACAAGACUGCCGAAGCGAUUGGUCAAGAGACAGGCGAUCGUUGAGCUUGGUUAUCCUUUCGAGGAAGAUGAUGACUUCAUCAUCAUCACGCGUGCCCUCGAGAAGGAGCAUAUCGACGAGUGCAUCAAGAUCAGCGAGAACUACAAAGAGGAGAAAACUACAUACGUCUAUGAAGAGCGUAUUGAGGAGACAUCCGCACCUCCUCCACCACCACCGCCAGAAUUUGUGGCAGCGCCUCCACCGCCUCAGUCAGUCUAUGCAGCACCUCCACCUCCAGCAUCUGUCUACGCGGCACCGCCCCAGAUGUACGCAGCACCACCUCCACCGGCCUCUGUCUAUGCGGCUCCAGCGCCUGUACGCGCACCAACAGUCUACGAGCCAUCAGUGCGCAGUAUCUCACCCCCCAGACAUGAGCACGAGAGGUAUGUCGAGAUCGAGCGCUCAGCAACCAUGCAUGGACCAGCGACGGCGUUCUUGCCUGAGGGGCGCCAGUUGGUUCGCCAAUCAAGGGAAACCCGCACAGAGCGCGACAUUCGCGAGGAGAUACGUUCGCUAGAGGAGGAACGCCAACUGCUCAAGUAUGAGCGCGGCGAGGAUUACGAUGUUGUGUAUGAACGCCGAGACCGCCCCAAGGAGGUCGUUCGUGUUGACAGGGACAAAAAGGGUAGGUUAGCCCUUGUCCGCUCGGCCCAUUAG